ACCAUCGAGCAGUUCGAGUACGACGGGUGCGACAACUGCGAUGCCUACCUGCAGAUGAAGGGCAACCGGGAGAUGGUCUACGACUGCACCAGCUCCUCCUUCGACGGGAUCAUCGCGAUGAUGAGCCCUGAGGACAGCUGGGUCUCCAAGUGGCAGCGGAUCAGUAACUUCAAGCCGGGUGUCUAUGCCGUGUCUGUGACUGGCCGCCUGCCCCAAGGGAUCGUCCGGGAGCUGAAGAGCCGUGGCGUGGCUUACAAGUCCCGAGACACAGCUAUAAAAACCUAA